AUGCGAAGCCGACUGAAUUUUCCCAAUUUUUGCAUCAAGUUAGUGUGUGGCAAAAGACCAACGUAAACUCUCUCGUAUGUACUGGGAGGCUUCAGUGGCGUCGCAAUGCGUCGCUAGCGACGUUAACGUCUCCACAAGGGAACGCCGUCUGGCAAAAUUGCGGAGACGGGUUCACGCUCUCUCCACCAGACGUAUACACUUCAGUUUGAUUUUUGCUUUAGGUUGUGGCUGAUGAAGUGACAUACACACGCGAAAAAAAUUAUCAGCUAACUUACGCUGAACGGUGUUAAAUUUUUUUCUUAGUGAACUCAGCAUAAUUUUUAACAACCAAUAUUCAAUGUGGUUAUAGAUAAAUCAGCACAAAAGUGGAAAAAAUAGAGGCAAUAAUGCGAAGCGAAAAUUAAACAAAAAAAUCGCAAAGUAAUUAAAGAGUUUUAAUAUAUUUUAGUGAAAAAAGCAUUUUUUGUAGAGCAAAAAGUUUCCUUUUUAACUAAAAUCGUUAGUGUUCUACUUCGUUUCGUUUAUUUCGACUUUCGGUUUUAGCUUCUUCGGGUUUCUCGUGUGCGACGAUAAACUGAAAAUUUGAAAAGAAAAGAAGUUAUGAAAUAUUUAGUUGAGCGUCUAUAGUAAAUAUCUUAACGCCCAAGCCAGCAUACGUACAUACAGCAAAUAACAGCGCAGCUGUCAGACUUGAAAGCAGAAAGUGGCAGCGGAGCUAUUAGUGAGGAGGAAGAGGACGAAGACUAACGAACGUGAAAAGAAGGCGCGUGUGCGGAAGGCGUGUACGAAUGUAAAUAUUCUUAAAACAUGACGUAUAAAUCUUAAACCAUAGCUUACCAUAACGCCAGCCAAUGAAUCAAUUUAGCAACCACCCACGAUAGCGAAAGCAACAAUAAAACAACUUUACGGCAACAUUUACAUAGUUAAAUAGCAACAGUAGUUGCAAAAGCAGUAAAGCAAAAGUAAAAGUCUAGUUAAAGCAAUACAUGUAAUGCAACAACAAGAACAAAAAUUACUGUAAACAAAUUUCCAUACAAAAGUCAACGGGCAGCAAGCCGUGAGGAAACGAAAAAAGCGGCAGUCUGAGUACAACGAGAGCAGCAAGAAUCAGUGAAAAUCAACGCUGUGUGCAGUGAACAGCAAUUAGCACCAAUAACAACAACCUAAGGAACAAUCGGAAUUCCGGCAUAUACAUACAAAUACUACCACAGUUAGCACAAUGGCCUUAAUUAUGAAAUACAUUGACAGUAUGCAACGAUACAUAGACUCACAUGGCGAUUCAAGGACGAAGGAUUGGCCGAUGAUGUCAUCACCAUUCCCAACACUUGCAGUUUGCCUCACAUAUGUUUAUUUAGUUAAGGUGCUUGGGCCGCGAUUAAUGGAGAAUCGUAAACCAUUCCACUUACAAAACACACUGAUACUCUACAAUGCAGCGCAAGUGAUAUUUAGUGCAUGGCUGUUUUAUGAGAUAGCAAUUUCCGGUUGGCUAACGGGGCAUUAUAACUUCCGAUGUCAGCCAGUCGAUUAUAGUAAUAACCCUAGAACAUUAAGGAUGGUACACGCGUGUUGGUGGUACUACUUUUCCAAAUUCACCGAGUUCAUGGAUACGAUCUUCUUUGUGCUGCGCAAGAAGACAAGCCAAGUAACAACGCUUCAUGUUAUACAUCAUGGCUGCAUGCCGAUGUCCGUCUGGUUUGGUGUCAAGUUCACACCAGGUGGUCACAGCACUUUCUUCGGCCUACUCAACACGUUCGUGCACAUCGUUAUGUACACCUAUUACAUGUUUUCGGCCAUGGGUCCACAAUACCAGAAGUACUUGUGGUGGAAAAAAUACUUGACUACGCUGCAGAUGGUUCAAUUUGUGCUGAUCAUGGUGCACGCCUUCCAAUUGCUCUUCAUCGAUUGCAACUAUCCAAAGGCGUUCGUUUGGUGGAUCGGCAUGCACGCUGUGAUGUUCUUCUUCCUGUUCAAUGAAUUUUACAAGAACGCUUACAAGGGACGUCGCACGAAACACAAAAACUUAUUGAUGUUUAUUUUGCAGCGCAAAGAGAAGGACGACGAUAUUGAUGUGAAGCAAUCGAACAAAGUCGAUGGUGAGGAGCAGAAAGCGUUACAAUCAAACGGUUACAUCAGUAAUGGUAUUGUCUGUAAUGGUAAUAUUGCCAAUGGACUCACAAAGAAUGGCUACAAAACAGCGUCGGCAUCGCUGGCCAAUGGCAGCGGCGCCAGCAUGAAUGGCAGCGUCAAGACAGCAACGGCGAAUGGCAGCGUGCACAAGAGUGGAGAAGCGCCGCUGUUAGCCAAUGGGCAUAGCAAAAUGGGUGGUGAACUUUCGGCGCAGCUGACGCAACGGAAAUUGCAACAAACACAAAAAUAAUAUAGGGUAAUAGGCGCAGCCAUCAAUGCUACGACGACGGCGACGUCGACGUCAGCAACGGCUAAGCAAACAAUACAAAAAGCUAAGAAACCACAAAUGCAAAAACAAAACAAAGCAAAAAAACAAACAUAAAAACCAAACAAGGUUGGGAAGAAAAGGAAAACAAAAAAAAUAUAUAUAUAAAAUUUGAAAUUAAUUAAUUAUUAGUUAUUACAAGAGGAAAUUAAAGUGUAAAAGGCAAAGAAAAAUAGAAACAACAAACAAUAAGGUGAAACAGAGAAGAAAAAAUUAAUAAGCAUUAGUUUUUUUAUUAUCAGAUAUACAUACAUACAAUACAUACAAAUCAAUUUAUAAAUUUAUACACAUACACACAUAUGCCAUGCAUAAACACAUUCAACAUACACACACACACGUAUACACCUGUGCAUAUGUACACAUGCCAGCAGGCACAUACAAAAAGAUCACUUUUUUUGUAUGUACCGUUAAGAAAUUAAUUUAAAAAACUUUUGCAAACGCUGGCAAUUCGGCAAAACCAUUAAAACAAGGAUAAUCAGAGCUGUGCACUUUGGUAACUAAUCAAAAUAUAUCAAGUUUAACGACUUUUUCUGCAAAGAAAAAAUUUUGAAUAAAUAUGCAAACGCAUAAUAUUUUUUAAAGAGAUAAAGAGCUUUCAGCCGAUCGUUAACAGGCGUAACACUUAUUAAUGACAGCACUUGUUUUGAUGAAAGCUCAUUUUAUGCUCUAUAAAUUAGGAAAAAGUGGAAACAUAAAUUUUAAAAUAAAUAAAUAACAAAUUUAAAAUGCCAAAAGCAUGAUGAACCUGUUGCUGAGCUGCAAAAUAAAACCAGCUUCAAAGUAAAGCGAAUAGUUCCACUAAGCGACGGAAAUUAGAAAAGCUGUGGAAAAUUAAAUUUUGCAGAUUAGUCAAAUUUGCCUUUGAGACAACUGAAAUGUUUUGAUAUGCUGCGAGGAAAAUUGACAUAUACUUUCAUCUAAAUGUAGUCUUCAUUUACUUAAUUUAUUCGAUGAGCAAAACUUAUGAAGUAUUUUCGAAUUUCAAUUCAAAUUCAAAAUUCUAAAUAUUUGAUGCCGUUUGAGAUAAAUCAUAUGGCCCUAUUCGCAUUUCACGUGCAAUAAGCUGCCGAAAUGCAUGUAAAAUUCUUGGCCGUGAAAUAGGCGAGAAAUUUCACAAAUUUUUUGA